AUGUCCAAAACCUUUUCGACGGCCCAUGUGGCCUCUCACAACAAAGCCAAAGACCUGUACAUCAUCGUAGAUGAGGAUGUAUAUGACUUGACGACAUUCCAGGACGAGCAUCCAGGUGAGUUCCAAUUCCUCCAGCGAGUCGCAGGCAAAGAUGCCUCGAAACAAUUCUGGAAAUACCACAAUGAGUCCAUUCUUAAGAAAUUCAAGACGAAGUUGCAGGUUGGAUCGUUAGACACCAAGAAAGUGGAGGCGCCACCUACCCCUCCGGCUACUCCUCCGCCACAAGUAAAGCAACAAAAGGUCGUCCCUCAGGCCGUGCCUGGCACCGUUGCUCCUGCUCCAGGCCCAGCUGCCCACGAAGAAGCCGAAGCACUGGACCCGUAUGGUUCUCUCAUUCCCUUUGGUGAUCCAAACUGGUAUCAAGGUUAUCACUCGCCCUACUUCAACGAGACGCACGCCGCUCUCCGGGCCGAGGUUCGGGAAUGGGUUGACACGGAGAUCGAGCCUUACGUUACCGAGUGGGACGAGGGAAAGAACGUGCCCGAAAAGAUCUACAAGCAAAUGGGUGAGCGGGGCUAUCUCGCCGGCUUGCUUGGUGUCGCAUAUCCCAAGGACUUGGUCAAGAAUGCGGUUCAGAGUGUGCCUCCAGAGAAGUGGGAUUUGUUCCACGAGCUGCUGAUCACCGACGAGAUCUCCAGGUGCGGCUCCGGAGGUCUCGUCUGGAACUUGAUCGGUGGUUUUGGAAUCGGCUGUCCUCCUCUGGUGAAAUACGGAAACAAGAAACUUGUAGAGCGAAUCCUCCCAGACAUCUUGUCUGGCGACAAGCGGAUAUGUUUGGCGAUCACUGAGCCUGAUGCUGGUUCUGAUGUUGCCAAUCUCACCUGUGAAGCGAAGCUCAGCGAGGAUGGAAAACACUACAUCGUGAAUGGUGAAAAGAAGUGGAUCACCAACGGUAUCUGGAGCGAUUACUUCACCACGGCCGUGAGGACAGGCGGCCCUGGUAUGGGCGGCAUCAGCUUACUCUUGAUUGAGCGAAGUGAUGGCGUCAGCACCAGGCGCAUGGAUUGCCAGGGUGUGUGGAGCAGUGGUACUACAUACAUCACCUUUGAAGAUGUCAAGGUUCCCGUGGAGAAUGUUCUGGGAAAGCCUAACAAGGGUUUCCAAGUUAUCAUGACCAACUUCAACCACGAGCGUAUUGGAAUUAUCAUCCAAUGUACCCGAUUCUCCCGAGUCGUCUACGAGGAGUCGGUGAAAUAUGCCUCCAAGAGAAAGACAUUCGGCAAGAAGCUGAUUGAUCACCCUGUCAUUCGAAUGAAGCUGGCACACAUGGCACGGCAGAUCGAGGCAACCUCGGCCUGGCUAGAGAAUGUCGUGUAUCAAUGCCAGAAGAUGAACGAGACCGAGGCCAUGCUGCGACUUGGAGGUGCCAUUGCCGGCCUCAAGGCGCAAGCCACCACUACGUUUGAAUUCUGCACCAAGGAAGCUGCUCAGAUCUUCGGCGGUCUGGCUUAUUCGCGAGGUGGACAGGGCGGCAAGGUCGAACGAUUGUACCGUGACACUCUGGCGUACAAGAUUCCUGGUGGAAGCGAGGAGAUCAUGCUGGAUCUCAGUAUUCGCCAGAGUUUGAAGGUGCACAAGGCGUUGGGCAUGAAGCUGUAA